AGAAAGACUUAGUAAGUAUGGAGGCUGAGGAGGGAGCUACAGCCUCCCUGUGCUGUGAGCUGUCUAAGGCUGGAGUGUCAGUGCAAUGGAAGAAGAACAAUCUGCCGCUGAGAGCCAGCAGAAAGUAUGACAUGAAGCAGGAUGGCUGCCUCCUGCAGCUCCUCAUCAAAGAGCUCAAACCUGAGGACAGUGGCAGCUACACAUGUCAAACAGGAAGUGCAGAGACCACUGCAGCUUUAUCAGUGAAAGAGCUCCCACCAUUUUUCAAGAAAGACUUACAAAAUGUGAAGGCCGACGAGGGAGGUGAAGCCUCUCUGUGCUGUGAACUGUCUAAACCUGGAGUGUCAGUGCAGUGGAAGAAGAACAAGCUGCCACUGAGAGCUAACAGGAAGUACGAGAUGAAACAAGAUGGCUGCUUCCUCCAGCUCAACAUCAAGGAGCUCAGACCUGAGGACAGUGGAAGUUACACAUGUCAAGCAGGAAGUGCAGAGACCACUGCAGCUGUGACCGUGAAAGGUUUGUUCCCUUGA